UAUCCACUACAUGAUAAGAGUAUGAUUCAGAAGUCGAUGUGACUAUUCCAUAUUUCAGUCUCUACCUUUGAGAAAGGCUGGAGGCUGCAACAGAAAAAUGAUCCCUUUAACCUUUUACUGGCUGGUGCUGUUAUGGGUUUUUAUCCCCACUAGAUGGCGCAAACUGCCCCUUCAUUGAACUACUUGCUUCAUUCAACUUACUUGCUUCCCGGCAUCACUAAUGUGAUGAAUAGUGGUGUCGAGUCUCAAGGCGGUCAGACUAUGCAGACAUCGUUGACUCGGUUUUGAGUUAAAUGUAAACAGAUCCUUGAAAGCCGGAUUUCAUACAAGUCCAGUCAUUUCUUAUAAGAGCAGCCAGAAGAACCACUGGACACUGCAGCUUACGUUUUAAGCCCUUAGCACAAGGAAGCAACCCAGAUGUUGGAUGUUUUCCCUGCAGUAAUUUAAUAUGGAUUUAUGAUUUUUCCCCCCCCAGUCGAGCCUCCUGAUUCGGUCCACACUCAUCACUAUGCAGUUAUUUUUCCUUGCAGUUGCGCUCCUCUUUAUGCACGACCUCACUGAAGCCGUGCGCCCUGACAAGUGCGCCCCCCGGUGCGAUGUGAGCUCCUGUCCGAGCCCCAGCUGUCCCAGCGGGUACGUCCCGGACAGAUGUAACUGCUGCCUGGUGUGCUCACCCAGCGAGGGAGACCCCUGCGGCCGCAAAAACGACCUGGCCUGCGGGGACGGCCUGGAGUGCAAGCAGCUCGCUGCGGGAAGGCGCCGAGGCUCCAAAGGGGUCUGUCGGUGUAAGAUGGACUUUGAAGUGUGUGGAAGCGACGGGAAAACGUAUGGAAAUGUGUGUAAGAUGAGAGCAGUCAGUCGUAAAGCGCAGCUCAAGGGGAGACCCGCAGUUGGCCAGGCGCACAAAGGACCUUGUUCGCCUCCAGGCACAGGUCGAUCCCCGGAUCACCUCAACAGCCCUCGCUACAAGUUCAACUUCAUCGCUGACGUGGUGGAGAAAAUCGCACCGGCUGUGGUCCACAUUGAACUGUUCGUAAGACAUCCCCUGUUUGGGCGCCACAUGCGUCUCUCCAGUGGCUCUGGUUUUGUGGUGACCCCCUCAGGUGUGAUCGUGACCAACGCCCAUGUGGUGACCACAGCGGCCACAGUGAGGGGGAGGCCCCAGCUGCGCGUUCAGCUCCACGACGGCGACGCGUACGAGGCCGUGGUCAGAGACGUAGACAAGAAGGCAGACAUCGCCACCAUCAAGGUCAACCCACAGAAGAAGCUUCACGUGCUGUCUCUGGGCCGUUCAGCUGACCUGAGGCCAGGGGAGUUCGUGGUUGCCAUCGGCAGCCCCUUCGCCCUGCAGAACACGGUCACCACCGGCAUCGUCAGCACGGCACAGAGAGACGGCAAGGAACUGGGCAUCAAGGACUCAGACAUGGACUACAUCCAAACUGACGCCAUUAUUAAUUAUGGCAAUUCUGGAGGGCCUCUUGUGAACUUGGAUGGCGAGGUGAUAGGGAUCAACACUCUCAAAGUCACUGCAGGGAUCUCCUUCGCUAUACCCUCAGACAGGAUCCAACGCUUCCUCACAGAGUCGCACGACAAACACAGCAAAGAAAACACAGGAGUGCAGAGAAAACUUACAGAGGAACCACAGUCUGACGCAGACGCGUCAGCAAAGAAGCGAUAUGUUUUGGGCAUCAGGAUGAUCACAAUCACAAAAGCUCUAGUAGCAGAGCUGAAACGGCAGAACUCAGACUUUCCCGACGUCAGCAGUGGAGUUUUGGUGCAGCAGGUCAUACCUAACACUCCAGCAGAAAACGGCGGGAUAGAGGACGGCGAUGUUAUAGUGAAGCUGAAUGGACAGCAGGUCUGGACCACUGAGGACAUACGAGAGGCGCUGCAGCACAACCAGCCACUGUUACUGGAGGUCCGCAGAGGGAACGACGACUUGCUGUUUAACAUUUACCCUCAGCUUGUGGUGCAUUGACGAACAGGAAAGCUGACUAGUUAGUGAGCAACUCCUGGGCCGGACUCCACAGGCACAUGAAAAAUUACAAAUAAGCUACAUACAGUACGACGUGGAAUAUUUUCUGUUCUGAUUAAAACCAAACGCCUGAGCAUUUCACGUCGGAUCAUGUAUAUUUGCUUCGAUUCAUUUUGAUUCGCGAGUGUGUCAUACAGAGUUUGUGAAAAGCAGGACGUGCCUGAAAAUCCUGCUGAGUAAAAACUGCUGUAGCGUACUGUAUUUUGAAAGAUCCUCAGAAUAAAUGCUUCCAAAAAAA